CGCGCUUCUACGGGAGUUCAGUUUGUUGUUUUGCGUUGUCUCGUCCGGUUCUGUUCAUUCACAUCAAAUAUUAACUUUUAUUCCCUCGGUAAAUAAAUAAUUUGUUUUAUUAGUCUCGUUCCCGAGUUAGCGUCAAUUACGUGUCGAAAAAUGGCCUCAAAAAUGAAGAAGGAAAAAAUUGGAAUUGUUGGAAGCGGCUUAAUUGGACGUAGUUGGGCAAUGUUGUUCGCUACUGUCGGAUAUCAAGUGACAAUUUUUGAUUGUGUGCCGGAACAAGUUGCCACAGCUCUCAAAUUGACUGAAGACGAGUUAAAUAGUUUGGAAUCGCGCGGAUUAUUGCGUGGAAAGUUGUCGGCUAAAGAGCAAUUUAGCUGUAUCAAGGGAUGCUCAGACCUCAAGGAUGCCGUAAAAGAUGCGAUGUUUGUGCAAGAAUGUGUCCCCGAAGUCUUGGAUCUGAAGAAGAAGUUGUACAAACAAAUUGAUGAAGUGGUUGGUGAUAAGACCAUUUUAUCGUCGAGUACGAGUACUUUUAUGCCGUCGUUGUUUAGUGAAGGAAUGAAACAUCGAUCACAGGUUCUCGUCUCGCAUCCCGUCAACCCCCCAUACUACGUUCCCCUCGUCGAAAUCGUUCCCGCUCCCUGGACCGACCCAGAACACGUGAAAGUCACUCGCGCCCUCAUGCAAGAAAUUGGUCAAAAGCCCGUCUCCCUUUCUCGCGAAAUCGAGGGCUUCGCUCUGAACCGCAUCCAGUACGUAAUCUUGAACGAAGCUUGGCGUCUCAUUGCCGACGGCAUCCUGGAUGUGAAAGAUAUCGACACUGUCAUGUCCGAAGGCCUUGGAAUGCGUUAUGCCUUCUUGGGACCCAUGGAAACGGCUCACUUGAAUGCCGAGGGCAUGACUUCGUAUUGCGAACGCUACGCCAAGACAAUUUACGCCGUGAGCGAAACAAUGGGCAAAACCCCGAAAAUGGAGGGACCGCAGGCGAAGGAAGUGGCACGACAACUCGAGCAAAUGUGCCCGUUGGAGGAUUUGCAGAAACGUCGCGAAUGGCGUGACGCCUGCCUGACCAAGUUGAGCCAAUUGAAACGCGAAAUGGGACAAUAAUUUUAUUUUAUGGCAUUAUUUUUUAAAAAAUUUGAUUUUUUUACAGAGAAUAAAAAUUUUAGUGAGGAAGUAAAUGUUCCGUUCCGAUUUCCAUGAGUCGGGAUGGGAGAUCGUUAA